AUGGCCUCUGGGAUUGAACCAGCCACUGUGGCACGACUACAUUUUGUUGCCCAUCGCCCAAGUGAUUUAGCCCGCGUUGGAUUGCAAUGUUUCAUGCUCCAGACCACUCAUGAACCCAGACCCUCAGCUUUCCUACGUUUGGCGCUGAUUGACAUGGAGAUCUUUGAAACUCAGUCUCUUCAGCCAUUUGCGCUUCGCCGUCUUGCCAAGUGGAUGCCGAAGACCACCAAUCGAAGGUCUAUCUUCAAACUGAUGGAUCUGGAAACACAAUAUCAGGCACAUGAAGAACGUUGCUUUCUUUGGCACAACCAUGUCACAAUUGAAACCACUCAGACAAUGCCUCUACAGCUCGAAGAUGGUGACUACAUUCAGAUUCAUAUUGGAGACAAACCACCAUCUCUCAGCUGCAGUUCCGAGAUUGACUCGGAUGCUUCCGUUUCCAAUGACGACAAUGGACAACAUUUUGAACAACCACAGGAUUCUGAGAACACUGAGCUCUUCCAGACCCAUCUCAAAUCUGCAAGCAAGACGUGGCAGACCUUGGCACAACAUCUUCGGAUUGAUGAAUACAAGACUGCACCACAGCAUGAGAGACCUGCACCAACCAGAAUCGCCGCACAGGGCGACACACGUACUGCAGAUCGGCCUGCUCGAAAUGUGCGCAUACAUCCGGAAGAUCAACGCUACUUAGAGCGACUCUUCAAUGAAAACUCUUUGAUUGAGUGCGAAGAGGAAGGCCCUAUUGCAUAUUUGGAAACGUGGUACAUUCACCACCAGAUAGCACGAUCAUGUCCACAUCCCAAAGCCGUACGCCUUCGCCAUGACACCACAGAUUGGAUUGAGGACAUUGUAGAACCCUGGAUGAAUGAAAUUGAUCACAAUCUGGACAUCACCAUUCACGUGGUACGACCUCAACCACCGUGUACGAACAUGGAAUGUGUCUUAGCGCACCUGAUUGUUGAACAGUCCUUUGCCACAGAGCACACAGUUGGACUCCUGACCAUCCAAGAACCUCUGAGCCAUGGCAUUCACCUACAACAUUGUGCCUUUUCCCUGCCGACUCUCAUGAAUCGUGCAAUGGUUUUGCGACAAGUGGGACUUCAAGAACCUUGCCAGCAGAGGCUAUGCAGUGUUCGCCUGGGACACAUUCCUUUCGGCCUUGUGGACUGGGAUGAGAUUCCACGUGCAGCAUGUUUGGUCAUCCAAGUCCCUGCGAGAUCAACAACACCACCUGCAUCAGCGCACCAUGACCGAUUUGAUGCUGUGGAGCUUAUGCCUGUUCGCCUCCAUGCGGAUUUCCGCCAAUGGACAGCACAACUUCGUAGUGCAUGGCCGGACAGAUCACUUCCAGGAGCACCAAGCAUGAUUCAUGUGGUCUCACCUCCUCCUCCUCAUCUACAGGCAGAAAUUGCAGCUCAUGUGAUCAUUGUGCAAAACCCGCAAGAUAAACUGUCCACGGUCCUUCUCACUGGAUAUGACUCCUCCAUCACAACGAUUGGACCUUUCAUGCAGAUGGCGAUCACCACUCAUGAACAUCUUGUCCUUGAUCCAGUACUGAUGCUAAUAAUAAUAGGCUUGGGCGGAAGAUGUCUACUCCCCAAUGCUCCCAUGACCUGCACGGCUUGGUACAAUCAACAUCCAGUUCUUCUUGGACAACCAUUUCCAAUCCGCGAUGGCUAUGGAAUCAUCCUCCAGCUUAGUCCACGACAGGCACAGCAGAGCACGUCGGGUGGAACAGUACUCAAAAUGUAUCGAAGUCAACAGAAGAAAGACACGGAAAAGCCAGCCCCUUGCGAGCGCCAAACAGCUGAUACGGUGGCUCAUGAUCAGCGGCCGCAUGAGGGUCUGGAUAUUUUCCCAGCAAUUGGGCAGAAGCGGCUUCUAGAUUGGAGUGAUCCACGAGGACGCACCUUGGUCCAAGUGAUUCACGCGUACCUUGAACCCAAUGCCGUUCCUCCACCAACCCAUUUGGAACUGAAUGAGAUCUAUUCAGCCAGUGAUGCAGAAGAAGAACUACGACUUUGGGGCUUUCACUACAGAGCUUUUCUUUGUGGAGAGCAUGACAUAGUCUUUGCUCAUCCCCUUGAGGAACAUGCAGAUGCUUUCAUUUAUGUAUAUUGUGACACCAACACCAACACAGAUGAACCGGUGUUCACACAACACGCCAAACAUGCUCUUCAAGAACAUCAGCACAUGCGAUUUCUUUACACGAAGGGCUUCCACAAAGCUGUUGUCCUGCAACAAUAA